GAAGUUCGUUACCGCCAAACUUUAAACAACAAGCAGCACCGCAGCAGCUGCAGCAGCCCCCGCUUUAAAUAAUACGGAAGCCUCGUUUAUUUGCUCAAAAUGUCUUUUAUUCCGAAGAGACCCUGCCCCGACCCGCUGGACGAGCCAACGAACGACUCCAUGAACGACUCGAUGGAGAAGAGGAUAAAGCGGAUAUCGAUCGAGGGGAAUAUUGCGGCGGGCAAGUCCACCUUUGUGCGCCUUUUGGAGCAGGAGAGCGGGGACUGGGAGGUGGUACCAGAGCCAAUCGCCAGAUGGUGCAAUGUCCAAACAAAAGGCAGUGACUUUGAGGAGCUGAGCAACUCUCAGAGGAGUGGAGGGAACGUAUUGCAGAUGAUGUAUGAGAAACCGGAGAGGUGGGCCUACACCUUCCAGAGCUACGCCUGCAUCAGCCGGGUGCGUGCCCAGAUGAGGUCAGCCAAUGGGAAGCUCCGAGAGGCCGAGGAUCCCGUGCAGUUCUUCGAACGGUCCAUCUACAGUGACAGAUACAUCUUUGCAGCCAACCUCUAUGAGAGUGAGUGCCUGAAUGAGACAGAAUGGUCCAUCUACCAGGACUGGCAUGGCUGGCUGCACAACCAGUUUGGCAAGAACAUUGAGCUGGACGGUAUUAUCUACCUCAGAGCUUUGCCAGAGAGAUGUUUAGAGCGGUUGCACCUGAGAGGCAGAGAAGAAGAGCAAGACAUCCCUCUGGAGUAUCUGGAGAAGCUCCACUUCAAGCACGAGAGCUGGCUGCAGCACAAGACCAUGACCAUGGAGUUUGAGUACCUCAAUGACGUGCCAGUCUUGACCAUAGAUGUGAAUGAGGACUUUAAGGGGAAUAAAACAAAGACUGCUGACAUGAUGGAGAAGGUGAAGGAGUUCUUGAGCUCUUUGUAAAGAUCUGUUGGUGAUGGAAAAUCUAAUCGGUGCCCAAAGGAGGACAAAGUGGAUGGAGUUUUAAUUUUAAAACAAUGAAAUGCCUCAAUAACGACUUUUUUUGUUAAUAUAGAUUCAUUAAAAAUAAUCUGGCCUGUAAAAUUUUAAAACUUUUAUUACUGUUUUCUUGCAUUUGUUGUGUAUUUAUAAGUGUUUUAUGUGCAAAUGAGAAUUAUAUGUCCAGUGGUCCAUUUACAAAUAACAAUAAACU